UCCAUUUCUCCUCUUCUUCUUCGUUUCUCCUCCUCCUCCUCCAUUGACGCUCUCAAGAACACACUCAUAAUUAGCAUGGUUGCAUGUCCAGAGACAGCAGGGAAGGAUUUGGAGAUUACUACAAGAUCGUGAAGAAGGUAAAGAAAGAUCCAACCUUCGAAAAGACGAUGGAUCAUGCCGUGAUGGGAAUCAGGAGACACGUGGCGGUGCCUCCGGGGACAACGUUGAACACCGUGACUCCGUGCGCCGCUUGUAAGCUACUCCGUCGUCGUUGCGCGGAGGAGUGCCCUUUCUCGCCCUACUUCUCGCCUCACGAACCCCACAAGUUCGCCGCCGUUCAUAAAGUCUUCGGUGCCAGUAACGUCUCCAAGAUGCUUCUGGAAGUGGGUGAAAGUCAGAGAGGGGACGCCGCAAACAGUUUAGUCUACGAAGCAAACUUAAGACUGAGAGAUCCAAUCUACGGUUGCAUGGGAGCAAUCUCCGCUCUUCAACACCACAUCCAAUCUCUCCAGUCCGAACUCACGGCUGUCCGUACAGACAUCCUUCGCCACAAAUACCGAGAGGCCGCCACAAUCACUUCCCUUCAAAACAACAACAACAACUUCAACGAUACUACAACCACAUCAGUGUCCGAUCAUGCUGCUCUAGCUGCGGCCAUUCUGCUCCCACCACCACUGCCACCGCCUCAUCCGCCACGACCACCAAGGUUGUUGUCGUCUCAGGCGGCUCCACCGGUUUCUUUGCCCUCUCCGUCGAUGAUGGUAUCGUCUUCUUCGUCUUCUAAUUCAUCUGCUGCCAAUUCUAUGUAUAAUUCCCCUCCGUCUUCGGCCGCUGGAUGCAGUAAUUCUCUGUCCAGUGACAACAAUGUUCAUUACUUCGAUUAAUCAGAAUUAUGUUCUUACUUACCCCGGUCCUUUUAAGGUUGUAUGGAAUCCAAGGGUGGCAUACGGAGCUCAAUUACUGAUGUUAUUAUAAUAGUCUUUUCAUAAACAAUAUUCAUCCACGAGAAAAAUUCAACCCUCAUG